UAUUUAAAUAAAUUGGACCGAAUUCAUAUCUUGCAUCUCCAUUGUACAGUUAAUUAACUUUGAAUGAUGAUGCCAAGAUGCUGUGUUUCAUUUCCUUCUCAUCACAAGUUUCCAGAUGCACAGAGUUUCUACAUAAAACUUGUUGACCUGAUUGAGUUCUUCAUCUCCAUUUUGUAUAAGCGCUUGUUCAGCGUGGACCCUGUGUUCCUUUCUUUUGUUUGUUGAAAAAAAAAUGUAUCUGAUUUAAUUAUUAGAUGUUGAUGGCAAAUUCCAUAAGGAUGCUUCAUGAUUCCAGUAAAAAGUUAGCCAGGAUGAGAGAGACACAGACAGAUCAGAGGGUGCGUUACUGGGGUCUCACCAACAGCAUGCUGGGAAACUUAUGACGCAGGACCAUUGGGAGUAUAAUAAGGGAUUCGGGAGAGUAACACAGGAGAUGCACUCUAUUCUAGAGUCUCAUAUUUAUUGCACAUCCAGAACUGAAGAAGUACACACAGGAAACUGUGGAGGCUGAUAAAAAUGCUCCUGUUUGCAGUAAUACUUCUGUUAUCAGCUACACUUGGAGAAAGUAAUCCCAAACAAGAGUAUGCUGAAGAUGUCACUUCUGAGGAGCGAGUGCUCAGGUUUUUGCAGAGAAUUGCUGCACAGCCGACACACGAACCUCUCGCAUCCAAACUCUUGCCUCACCACGCAAUGAACAUGCCUAACCCAUGGCUAAGUGCACAACUCCCCAGUAGCUUGUGGUGGUGGCAUCCAGAAAACCCUCAUCCUGAAACCAAAAGGAGGCAGAAUCUAUCACCAUAUAAUCUUAACUCAUUUGGCCUUCGUUACGGGAAGUAAGAUCAGGCCAUGGCUACAGAAUAA